CAUUACAUUAGCUUAAUGGUCUUGAUUGAAUCUUUUCCUUUGCUUAAAUUUCAGGUACCAGGGGCAGAAGGUCUAACAGUGCGAGUUGUUUCAUCAGUCGAGAGGAAAUUGGAAGUGAGGCCACUUUUUCACGACAUCUUUAAGGAAAAAUAUCCAAAAGAAUUCCCUUACAAGUCAAAGGCCAUUUUGUUGUUUCAGAAGAUUGAUGGUGUUGAUGUUUGCCUUUUUGCAAUGUAUGUCCAAGAGUAUGGUUCAAAAUGUCCUUUUCCAAAUCAAAGACAUGUCUAUCUUUCGUACAUAGAUUCUGUUAAAUACUUCACGCCUGGAAUAAAAGCUGCGAGCGGAGAGGCUCUUCGGACCUUUGUGUAUCAUGAAAUAUUGAUUGGGUACUUGGACUACUGCAAGAAGCGAGGUUUUGUGAGUUGCUCUAUAUGGGUUUGCCCAUCAGUGAAGCGCGAUGAUUACAUUCUGUACUGUCAUCCGACUACCCAGAAGAUGCCAAGGGCAGAAAAACUUCGUGAUUGGUACCAUAAACUGAUCAGCAAGGCUACCAUUGAUGAUGUUAUUGUCGAGCACACUAACUUACAUGAUCGUUUCUUCUUAUCCACUGGUGAGCAUAACACAGUUACUGCUGCGAAUUUACCGUAUUGCGAGGGUGAUUAUUGGCCAGUUGAAGCAGAAGUGCUCCUUAAGGAUGACUCUGGGAGCACUUCUCAGAAGAAAGGGGCAAAGGCUGCUAAUGAUAGGAUGCUUAGGGCUUACAAACGUAGCUCUGUAGAAAGAGAUCCGAAGGAUAUGUCACUUAUGCACAAGCUUGGUGAAAAAAUCUGCCCAAAGAAGGAAGAAUUCAUUAUGAUUUAUUUGCAGUAUACUUGCAAGCACUGCCAUCUUCCUCUCAUGUCUGCAGAAAAAUGGAAGUGCACAACAUGUAAAAUGUUUAUGCUUUGCAACCAGUGUUAUACUAUGGAACAGCAGCGGGAACACAAUGACAAACACCCUAGUAUUUUGAAAGAAAAGCACUCCUUCCGAUUAGUUCAGCAAAAUGCUCUUCCAGAUACCGAUGAUGGAGAUGAAGCAUUACGAAGUGAAUUUUUUGACACAAGAACUGUGUUUCUGAAUCUUUGCCAAAACAAGCAAUACCAGUUCGAUACGCUUCGUAGGGCAAAACAUUCAACAAUAAUGCUCCUUUAUCAUCUGAGUAAUUCAAUAGUCGGUAAUGCGGGGAACCUGGGAGAACAAUCUGUGCAGCUGCAGGAAGGAGCUGCUCAUAUUGAUCAUGAAGUGGUUGAUAAUGCCACCAAAGCGGAUAAUCCUAUGCUGCCUAAUAAAGAGAAUCAACACAAGCAAACUAUAGAGGAAGGAACUACACAUCAUGAUAAUGAUAUUGCCUGUAAUGCUACCCUGCCUGAUAAUUCUGUGCUGGCUAACAAAGAGAAUCCAAGAAAACAAACUAUGGAGGAUGCGCUUGAUGCUCUGGUGCAUGCAUCACAAUGCAAAGCUCCUCAUUGCACGCUGUUGUUGUGCAACAAAGUGAAAAGACUCUUCCAUCAUGGAAGCCGUUGCAGUGUUCAUUUUAAUGGAGGGUGUGAUCCGUGUGGGAAGAUGUGGUCUCUUAUUCUACGCCAUGCCUUUUCUUGUGUGGAGUCUGACUGCUGUGUGCCUCGUUGCCAGGAUGUUAAGGAUCGCCUGAGGAACCAAACAACUCAGAGCAGAGCAGUGAGGUUUUCUAGGUUUUAGGGACUCAAAGACAGUUUUGCAGUAUUCUAACAGUUUUCCGGAACAAUUAAUAUUACUCUAACUUAGUCAUUUAGAGUGUCAUUCUUUAGGUAGUGUUUCUACAAACCAUUACAUUUCGUUGGCUUAUGAGAAAAGAUUAAGCCCCCCACUAACCCCAAAGAGAAGGGGGAAUAGAGCUUGUGAGGGUUGUGGCAAAGAAGGAAGGAGACGAGUUUAGGGAUGAGAUGCUAAGGCUAAUUUAGGGAGUUUGGUAAACAAAAUAUAUAUACAAGAAUAACUGUACAUGAAAUCUCCGAUAGGGUGUACAGUUCAUUUAUUGCAUUCUUUUUGUAUGACCAAUAAACAUCUAGUAGUGUAAAUAAUUUUUCUUGUCAAUAAAACCAUCAUUAAUUCUUUCUGCAGUUUUGGUGCA